AACUUUAUAUCAAUGGGUAUAUAAGUAAUUUGUAAACCAAUUAUUAAGUGAACUAAAUAGCAAUUGUGUUUUUACCACAAUUGAUUGUUCAGUUGUGUUGACUCUCACUAUCAUCUUAUAUUAAAACAUUCAACAAAACACAUAUUGUCUGAAACAAAUACAGCAAUGAAAUUGUGUUUAGCAUUGAUUGUGGUGUGUAUUUGUGGGACAAUAUGUGCCCAAUCGGCUCUACAGACAAACUACGAGUACUACACCGCCGGUGGCAUAAAGUCGGGACUGAAGGCCGACACACAGGACUUUGUACUCAACGGCAAAAAGAUAAGCCUAAUUAGCGGUUCAUUGCAUUACUUUCGGUUACCACAAGAGUACUGGAAGGACAGGCUAUUGAAGUUCAGAGCCGCCGGACUCAACGCCGUGCAGACAUACAGCCCAUGGAAUCUGCACGAAGAGACGCCCGGCCACUGGGACUUUGAGACCGGUGUCCUAAACCUGAGGGCGUUUUUGGAUGCUGUCAAAGAGGCCGACAUGUUUGUCAUGUAUCGGAUCGGGCCGUAUAUGUGCGGUGAGUGGGAUCUGGGCGGCUACCCGUCGUGGCUGCUCCGGGACCCCCACAUGAGACUCCGGUCCAACUAUAAGCCACACCUGGAGGCGACCGAAACGUUUUACAAGAAGGUGUUGGCCAUCAUUGAUGAAUACCAGUUCACUAAAGGCGGACCCGUAAUAGCGAUGCAGUUUGAGAACGAGUUCGGAGGCAUUCAUAGCGCCAACGAUAAGGAGUACUUCCAGUUCAUGAAGAAUACCAUUGAGGCCAACGGUUUCAAAGAGUUGCUCACAAAUUGCGACUCCUUUGGCACAGCGGCCGACUCCGUGAAGCUCGGCUUUAAAGAUGUUUUAGAGACCGACAACUUUAAUACCGAUUCGCUAAAACUGUUGACCGCGUUGCGUAAGGCGCAGCCCAAUAAGCCCCUGUAUGUGUCGGAGUUUUGGCCAGGGUGGUACGAUUCAUGGGGUGAAAAACAACACCACGUUUACGACGUGAACAAGUUUGAGAAGGAGGUGACGGAUGUCUUAUUCAACGCCAACUCAUCCAUCAAUUUCUACAUGUUUUUUGGCGGCACUAACUUUGGGUUCAUGAAUGGCGAUACU